CCGAAGGAAAGCGAAGGAAAAAGGGGAGGGCGGAGAGAGAGAAGCGAGGCUGCGCUCUGGACCGGAGCUGGCUCUUCAGAAUUCAGAAAGCGAGGUUUCUUGAGAGAGAAAGCGAGAGAGAGAGAGAGAGAGAGAAGCUGUGACGCUUGAGAGGACCUCGAUCUAGGGUUUCUCCCUCCCGUCACCGAUCGAUUCGGAUCUUUGCACGCUGAUGCUUUCUCUCGCUUUGUCCUUUCGCCCUCUCCCGCUUUAUUGAGAUAGCGAAGAAAGAUUCAAGAUGAGUGGCCACAUGUAAUUGGUAUCAUUGUUACCUACCUCGGUCAUUCAGAUAUGCAUGCAGAGCAUGUUACAAAUAUGAGAUGAUUCUAUUCUGUUACACAAUAUGACUCUUGAAGAUUUCUUUACUCUUACUGAGAUGAAGAAUGGCUUUGUAUCACUUGCUAGAGUUGAAGAGCUGAUCUCUAUUAUGAAACAGCAGAAGGAUUGUGUUGUGAGUAAUAUCAGCGACACAGCAAGACAAUGGUCAAGUGUCGCUAGCACAUUAGCAGCUACAGAAAACAAAGAUUGUCUUAGCCAUUUUGUUAAGUUAAACGGGCUGUGUUAUCUAAAUCAGUGGCUUCAGGAAGCUAUAAAAUGUAAUAACGGUUGUGCAGAGAUUGCUGUUGAAGAAUUGUUAAAUUCAUUAUUAGGAUCACUGGAGAGGCUUCCAGUACACACAAAAGAUUCAGUUGCUUCUGGAAUUCAAAUAACUGUUGAAAAAUUGGUUGGAUCGAAUAGCCUCAACAUCAAGGAGAAGGCAAGAGCCUUGUCGGAAAGGUGGAAACAUGCAGUGGAAAAUGAUGUUAGUUACCAAGAUAUAAAUAAAGAUGAAAAAUGUGAAGAUGAGAACCCCAAAUGUCCUAGUGACACUGGCACAAUUGAUGCUGUGAACUCGAGGCCUCCAGUUUUUGAGAAUCCUACAAGUAGAGAAGGGCUGGAAGAAAAUAGUUGUAAAGAGGACUCUGCAGGGACUGGAAACCACUCCCACAAUUCAAAUGUGGCUGGGAGCGCGGAGGCUUCCCAACAAGAUAAUACUGCUGGGGUACAAACUUCAAAAGAAAAUCAGACUACCGCCACCUUAAACUCAGUAGUCACAAAUUCCAAUUUAAAAGAUAUGGAUGUGUUGCCUUCAGUUCUUGUUCCAAAUUCUUGUCAGGAGAGUAUGUCUGGAACAGAGGGUUCUUCAAUCUGUCCUGCAGCUGAGAUUGCCUCUGGCACCACAUCCUGUUCAAAUGUUUCGGGAGAUAUUGCUGACGACCAUUGUGAUGCUUCUGAGUUUAAAGAUGACAGUGUGAAAGACACAGAGAUGGAGGUGGAUACAGACGGAGGUAGCCCAUCUAAGUCUGAUCAAAUGGAAAGCUGUAAGGCUAACCCGUCUUCUUGCUUAUCUGUUUCUUCACAUGCACAUAAAUCUGGGCGCUCUGUAUCUUGUAGUUUUGAUGCCACAGAGAUUAAGUCAAAAACAUUAGAGAAUACAGAGGCUCUGCCAAGGUCUGCAAGUAUCGAUUGUGACGUACCAAAGUAUUUGAGAAAUAUGGAACUCAAAUCUGAUAUGCAAGGUCUGUUGAGUAAUAGGCCUAAGCUAAGAGUAAAUGAUGAUCCAGAGACCUCUCCAGGCAGAACGGAAGAAGCUUUAAGUGUACGUGAAGUCAAAAGGUUUGGUAGUGAUUCCAAACUGGAAGUUAGCAGGGUAGCUACUGUUGGUCCGCAAGAUUCUUCAAAACCAGCAGACAAGAAGUCAAUUACCGGGAUGGAUGAUACAUCAGAGCUGGGACUUGAAUAUGGAGAGAUUGAUGCACUGGAAGUUGCAAGGCAAGUUGCGAUUGAAGUUGAACGUGAAGUUGUUGAUUACAGAGAACCAUUCUGCAGCUCUUCACCAGAUGGCAAUUCAGAAGAGGACACACGUCCCCAGUUUUCUGUUGGCCAGCAGGAUCAACCUGUAAAUGAAGAAAAGAAUGGGAGAGGUUCACCUCCUGGUGAAGAUCUUGACGAUGUCUCAUCACCAAAGGCUGACAAUCAAAGAAUUGCAGAAGCAGAUGUAGGUCCUGAUAAAUGUGAAGAGGAUGUAGAAGUGUCAGAACAAAUAACUCAUAAAACAGUCGAUAAGACUGAGCAGAAUAGAUGCGUCUUUGAUCUGAAUGAAGAUCUGAGUGAAGAUGUUUGUGUUGAGGAAUCUGAUCGCCUGCAUAACUCUACUCCUAAUAACUCCAUCAAUGCAACUACACCAAUAGUUGUCUCUGCAUCAAAAGGAGCUCCAGUUUUGCCAGUUAGCCCUCUCCGCUUUGAAGGUGAACUUGGUUGGAAGGGAUCUGCGGCCACAAGUGCUUUCCGUCCUGCAUCUCCUAGGAGAACUCCAGAUGUUGAAAAGACAUCUUCUGGUCAUAAACGGAAAGCAAACUUGAUUGAGAUCGACUUGAACGUGGCAGAGAGUGGAGAUGAUGUAGUUGAUCCAUUCUUAAUUAAACCCACACUUGUUUCCUCUGGUAUUCUUUCUCGGGAAGAUUCUGUCGAAGUCAGUUCAAGAAGAGAGGACAGAUUCAAGUUGGACCUUAACCGCCACAGUGAUGAGGAUGUGUCGCUGUUCCCUUCAUCUUACUGGAGUCUUCCGCACCAAAAUGGGGAUCGGACCAUGUCACCUGCUUCAUCAUCAUCUUCGAGACAACCUACAACGAGAGACUUCGACUUGAAUGAUAAUCCUAACUUUUUCGACGCUAUGGGAUCUCGUAACCUCAGCAGGUUUUCAUCAAAGAACCCAGCAAUGCGUUCCAGCUCCAAACCUGACAAUCCUGGCAUCACUAUAAUGGGUUCCAAAAUUACAGAAACAAAGAACUAUCUGGAUGAAACUCCUCUCUCUCUUAUGGGGAAUGGACCUAGUGUUGAUGCUACUGCUACAGCGUUGAGGCCUAUGAUGCCAUAUAGUCAUAUUCCGCAUCCUGCUUAUGGGUAUAAUGGGGGGCCUGUGAUGGGGCCUCCAAUGCCUUUCCCAUCACCAUUUUAUGCACCUGGGAGCAUCCCUUACAUGGUAGAUUCUCGAGGCGCAACUGUUGUACCUCAGAUUCUCACUACGCCAGGAUUAAACUCGGCAGCUUCGGCUAUGCCACCUUUUCUUAUGAGCGUGCCAAACACAUCGCCUGGUUUGAAUGGGGCAGGGUCGUCCAAGUCUGGAUUGGACUUGAAUUCUGGUUUUAUGCCCCUGGAGACUGGAAGCAGGGAAAGUGGGAAUUUUAAGAACUUUUUCAUGCAAGGCCACAAUGGUUUAAUGGAGGACCAGGCGAGGGAUGGAUCACAGUUUGCAGGUGCGCCGGUGAAUCUGAAGGAAUCGGAUCCAGGAUGGGAGCCAUUUACUCUUGGGUACAAGCACGUCACUUCGUGGCAGUAGUUUCAUGCACCACAAAAGAUUUUGUCUCCGUAUAAUUCAUCCAUGAUAUUUACUUUCUCAGUCUCCUUCAGUUCAGUCUACGAGAGAUGCCUUCGGUGAUCCCAAUGGAUUAUUAUUUUACAUGAUAAAUUGGCCAUCUUAAAGCAAAAGGAUGGGAUGAUGUAACCGUGUUGGAAUUGACUCCAGGGAUAAAAGGUGAAUAAUGCUAGUAAUAGGUGGUUGAUUAUAGUGAUUGAUUGCAAAAGAAAAUAGAGAUUGUAGGCAUGAUUUAUUGUUAUUACAAUGCUUUUGUUCUCCUUGUUUAAUAUUAUAGGCGGUUGAAAUGGGAUUACGUACCUGUACAUUUCUCGUGAACAUCCUAACACAGUGAAACGGUUGGAACCCUUUCUUUCUUCUGCCCAUCUGUUUGUGAAGAUCUGAUUAAUAUAUUUAGGGUUUACUGGUAA